GUUGACUUCAUCGUGAGACAUCCGCCCGACUUUCCUUCUUUCUCAGGGUUCACAGGGUUCUCAGGGUCCUGGCCGCAUGAUCCCGACACUUCUCGCUGUCCGUCCUUAUAUCCAAAAUCUCCGAGCCUCGAUAGAUCAACUCAUCUCCUCUAUCGACCUCCGUCAUGCGGUUGAUCGCUCACCUGCUGCCACUCUUGGUGGUGGGCGUCCUGCCGUCUCUGGCUCGGGAUGACUCUACCACCACCACCACCUCCUCCUCCUCCGCAACUGAUGGCGGCGUCCUGACCCUCGAGGGGACCGUCACCUCGUCCAUUAGUGAAGCAACUCUCCCCACCGGUCACUACCUCUCGUACACGACCACAGUCACCCUCGAUAAUGGACAUACCGUCACGAGCACCGGCGCGCACACCGUCACCACCACCAGCUCCAACUCCACAACAACAACCGGGAAUUCCACCACUACCACCUUAUCCUCAUCGUCGCAGUCCCUCACCCUGCUGGUCGGUGGGCAGACCGGCGCCGUCAAUGGCACCAAUGCUACCGCGACAGCGACGUCAUCCGCCUCGUCGACCCCGGUUGUCAACACCCAGCCCUGCAAUGGAUACACGGAGUUUUGCGCUCGCAGGUACUCCAACAUCACCAUGGUUGCUGCUCAUAACAGUCCUUUCGUCAAGCCCGGUAAUGCCGCAGCCAACCAGGCGUUGCAGGUCACUGACCAGUUGGACGACGGGAUUCGGAUGCUGCAAUUUCAAACCCACCUGGUCAAUAACACCCUUUACCUCUGUCACACCACCUGCGAUCUCCUAAACAUGGGCACCCUUGAAGACUAUCUGACGACCGUCACGAAGUGGAUCAAAACCCAUCCAUACGAUGUGGUCACCAUCCUUAUCGGCAAUUAUGACUAUGUGGAUCCGGGUAACUUCACGGCACCCAUCCAGAACUCUGGGCUUAUGGACUAUGUGUUCACGCCGUCGAAGAUCCCAAUGGCCCUGGACGAUUGGCCCACGAUGUCCAGCCUAAUCCUGUCCAGCAAGCGGGCCAUUGUCUUCAUGGACUACCAGGCUAACCAGACGGCGUACCCGUGGCUCAUGGACGAGUUCUCACAGAUGUGGGAGACGCCGUUCUCGCCCACGGACGCCGACUUUCCCUGCACGGAGCAGCGACCGCCGGAUUUGUCGACGCAAGACGCCAAGGACCGGAUGUAUAUGGCCAACCACAACCUGAACAUCGAUGUGAACGUUGCCAGCAUCAGUCUGCUGAUCCCGAAUACGGCGUCGCUCAACCGGACUAAUGCGGUUUCUGGCUACGGGAGUCUGGGACGGAUGGCCCAGAACUGCACGGAUAUGUGGAAUCGGCCGCCCAACUUUCUCUUGGUGGAUUACUACAACUACGGCAACUUCAAUGGGUCCGUGUUCGAGGUGGCUGCGGAGAUGAACAACGUGACGUAUAGCGGGACGUGCUGUGGCACGGCGUCUGCAGCGUCAAGCGUGAUGCCUGGAGUGAGCGUGAUGGGCACGCUGCUGAUGAUUGCAGGUGUGCAGUAUAUUGGGACCAUCUUUUAGUGUUGUUGUUCUGGCGCGUAUAUAGUGGGAGUCUGGAGUUACGGAAGAACUUUGAUACAAUGAUGCAUGAUGACUGUACAGAUAGAUUAUGACAGACACUGUAUCAAUAGCAGACCAGCUGAGAUACUACUACCUUAUCCAUGUAUUUAGUUCUACAGUCUACCGUCUCCAGUCUAUCUAGAUACUAUGAGACCAACGGCCCUAACCCAAACCAG